UCACACAGACAACAUGAACACAGGGGCAUGGACUUGGAGGGCACUGGUAAAGGCGUUUCUUCUCUGUGCUGCUCUGGGUUGUCUUAGUUUGCCUGGCUCCAGAAGUGAGAGGCUGCAUUCACUUGAGUUAAAUGCAGUCAACAGGAGCCUUGCUAAGAGCAGACAAGUACGGAGUGUGGCUGUUACCCCAGUGCCUAUUGACUGUGAGCUGUCCAGCUGGUCCUCCUGGACUACAUGUGACCCCUGUCAGAAGAAAAGGUACAGAGAUGCCUACUUGCUCCGGCCCUCUCAGUUCCUUGGGGAACCGUGCAACUUCUCUGACAAGGAGGUGGAAGACUGUGUUACAAACAGACCAUGCAGAAGUCAGGUGCGAUGUGAAGGCUUUGUGUGUGCACAGACAGGGAGGUGUGUGAACCGCAGGCUCCUUUGCAAUGGGGACAAUGACUGUGGAGACCAGUCAGAUGAGGCAAACUGUAGAAGAAUUUAUAAAAAAUGUCAGCAGGAAAUGGACCAAUACUGGGCAAUUGGCAGUCUGGCCAGUGGGAUAAAUCUCUUCACAAACAGUUUGGAGGGCCCAGUUCUUGAUCACAGGUAUUAUGCUGGUGGAUGCUCCCCUCAUUACAUCCUGAACACGAGGUUUAGGAAACCAUACAAUGUGGAAAGCUAUACCCCACAGACCCAAGGCAAAUAUGAAUUUGUACUAACAAAAUAUGAAUCGUACUCAGAUUUCGAACACAAUGUCACAGAAAAAGCCACUAGCAGGUCCAGUUUCAACCUUGGUUUUAAAAUAUCUGGCACAUUUGAACUUGGCAUUAAUAAGGCAAGCAAUCAAGGGAAAAUUUAUAUUAGCAGAACCAAACGAUUCUCCCAUACUAAAAGCAAGUUUCUGCAUGCACGCUCUGACCUUGAAGUAGCUCAUUACAAGCUGAAACCUAGAAGCCUCAUGCUCCAUUACGAGUUCCUUCAGAGAGUCAAGCAGCUGCCCCUGGAGUACAGCUAUGGGGAGUACAGAGAUCUCUUCUGGGACUUUGGAACACACUACAUCACGGAGGCUGUGCUUGGGGGCAUUUAUGAAUACACACUCAUUAUGAACAAAGAGGCCAUGGAGAUAGCAGAUUAUUCCCUUGACGAUGUCCAAGCUUGUGCCAAACUAGAUUUUCAAAUUGGUGGUGCCAUUAAGGGUGUCUAUGUCAAGCUGGGUGUGUCAGAAAAGAAAUGCAAGGAGAUUCUGAAUGAAAUCAAAGACAGAAACAAGAGGAACACCGUGAUAGAGGACUUGGUGGUCCUUGUACGAGGAGGGACAAGCGAGCACAUCACCACCCUGGUUUACAAGGAGUUGCCGACAGCUGACCUGAUGCAGGAGUGGGGAGAUGCUGUGCAGUACAACCCUGCCAUCAUCAAAGUUAAGGCCGAACCUCUGUAUGAACUGGUAACAGCCACAGAUUUUGCCUACUCCAGCACAGUGAGACAGAACAUGAAGCGGGCCCUGGAGGACUUUGAGAGAGAAAUCAGCUCCUGCCACUGUGCUCCAUGCCAAGGCAAUGGAGUCCCUGUCCUGAAAGGAUCACGCUGUGACUGCAUUUGCCCUGUUGGCUUCCAAGGCCCAGCCUGUGAGGUCACCUCUCGGAAAGAUGUCCCCAUUGAUGGGAAGUGGAAUUGCUGGUCCAACUGGUCUUCGUGCUCUGGAGGACACAAAACAAGACAAAGGCAGUGCAGAAAUCCACCUCCUCAAAACGGGGGCAGCCCCUGCCCAGGCCCUGCUUCAGAAGUGCUUAACUGUUAGGGGAAGGGGCACUGCUAGCAAGUGAUCCAGAUGUAUGCUAUAGACAGUGUGGUCUCGGACAUCAUAGAUUCAGGCCAGCUCACCCCACACCAGCUCCCA